GGGGCAGAGCGGGGCCCGCAACGAGGCGGAGAUGGCGUCGCAGCCGCCGCCUCCCAAGCCCUGGGAGAACCGGCGGCUGGCGGGCACCGUGGCGCCGGCCUUCCAGUCUGCUGAUUUGGUUGACAGCCUGCUGACCAGGCCUGGACAGCCCAUAGUUGCACGGAUACCUCCACCUAUUUUGCCAAGACCAUCACAGCAAACGGGAAGCAGUAGUCUGAGCACUUUCAGGCCAGCAUAUAGUAGUUCUUUUUCUCCAGGCUAUGGUUCAUAUGGAACAUCUUUUUAUGGAAACUAUAGUCCUUACAGUUACGGAUAUGGUGGCUUGGGUUAUAACCGCUUUCGUGCAGAUGAUAUUCCUCCCAGCAGGUUUGUUCAGCAGGCUGAAGAGAGCAGCAGAGGUGCAUUUCAGUCCAUUGAAAGUAUUGUGCAUGCCUUUGCCUCAGUCAGCAUGAUGAUGGAUGCUACCUUUUCAGCAGUGUACAACAGUUUCAGAGCUGUGUUGGAUGUAGCCAAUCACUUCUCCCGCCUCAAAGUACACUUCACAAAGGUGUUUUCAGCUUUUGCCUUAGUGAGAACUAUAAGGUAUCUCUACCAACGUCUACAACGAUUGCUGGGUCUGCGGAAGAGCUCCGAGAAUGAGGAUUUGUGGGCUGAAAGUGAGGGGACAGUGGCUCGCGCUGGCCUUGAAGACAAGGUGGCUAACUCCGCAAAAUCCUGGCCCAUUUUCUUGUUCUUUGCUGUUAUAAUGGGAGGUCCCUAUCUGAUUUGGAAACUGCUUUCUACGUACAGUGAUGAAGAAACAGUAUCUAGUAAAUGGGCAAGUGGAGAAGAUGAUCAUGUAGUUGGAAGAGCAGAAUAUGAUUUCAGUGCUCUCUCGGAAGAAGAACUUUCUUUCCGUGCUGGUGACAUGCUAAAGUUAGCACCCAAAGAACAACAACCCAAAAUCCGUGGUUGGCUUUUGGCUAGUUAUGAUGGCCAAACCACAGGACUUGUGCCAGCUAAUUACAUCAAAAUCCUGGGCAAAAGAAGAGGUAGGAAAAGAGCAGACCUGGAAAGGAUUACACAGCAACGGCCAUCCUUUACCAGCACAUCUGUUAAAGGAUCCACUGCUACUGUGACUUCAGAGGACCAGGAAGCUGCUUUUGAUUCUGUUUUUGCUGGAAGUAAUAAAGUUCCUGUUGCAUCUGACUCCACUGUGGUUAGUGGAGAGAAACAGGAACUCUAAUGCACUUUCAUCAACAAAGCAACUGAACUGUGCUUUAUUGAUAAAACUUAGGAUUUGUUGAAAAUCUGUAUUGUAGUGGAACACUGAUGGGUCUGUACCAGUUAUUGCUGCUACCGACUGGUGAAGGGAUGGAGAAAUGAUUGCUCAAAUUUGUAGUAUUUAUUUUUGACUCACCUAAGGCUGUACAUUAGUGAUUCUACC